AUGUUUUCCAGACACGAAGAUUUUUUACUUGCUUUAUGCCCGCUAACAAUUUCUUUUUAUCUUAAGCUUGGCUCUCAUAUUGAUUGCGGGUUUGGUGUCGAAAAGCCGAUGGAUAGAAAACAACUAUCACAAUUUUUGCUCCAUUCAGCUGAGGCAGAAAAUAUUUCAAGAUGGUCAUAUCAGAAUUCUCAUCCAAUUCCUAUCCAAUUUAACUACUCUUGCUUUCACAGCAGCAGAACUUGCAAUUUUUACUUAUUUGACGGACUUAAGUCUCAGAAUUAUGAGAGAGGAAUUUCAAUGUUCGAAUGCUUUGGAUCGCCUGUGUCAGCAGAAAUUUCAAAAAUCAUAAGAAGAGCUAAAGGAGAAGAAGUUAACUGUAUUAUAGAAAUUGACCAAGAUUCAGUAAUUUCAAUGGCUAUGCAGGUACAUGAACAUGAAAAUUCUUUGGCAAUAGCUAAAGAACUUGAUACUGAGCUAGACCAAAAGAAAUGGGUGAAGUUUCAAAAGCUUCUCCAGCCUAAGUGGUUGCUUUUAGAACUUAAUCGAGAAGGCUUUAGAUUGAUUCAUUUGAGUUCAAUUACCUAA